AAAAGCGAGUUUUCAAACGAUUUCCAUUAAAUUUCAAUUUUUAUCUUAUUUUAAAUCAUUAAAAAAUGGAAGGACUCUGCGAAUUUUGUGGAACAGAGCCUAAAAAGUACUGCUGUCCAACUUGCGGCAAGUAUUACUGCUCCGUUAAUUGCUACAAAGAUGAAAGACACGAAACGUGUUCGGAAAAUUUCUACAAAAAAUCCGUUUUUGAAGAACUUCGAGGUCAAAAAGCCGACAAGGAAGACGAGCGACGAAUGAUGGAAAUGCUCAAAAAUUUGGAAUACUCAAAAGAUGACCCCUUGGAGCCUCUCGACUCGGAUGACGAAGAAGAACUCGAUUUGUCGGAAAGAAUAAAAGGAGUCAAUUUAAAUGACGCUGAUGCGCUUUGGGAAAAACUUACCGACGAAGAACGAAAUGAAUUCCAUAAAUUAAUUGAUUCCGGGGAAAUUAACGAUAUCCUUCCUACACCUGAACCGUGGUACAUUGAUGGCAAAACAGUUCCUCCAAUAAAACCCGAUAUCGUUCUUUUCAACAAAAUUUCGAGUAAACCUCCCGCUGAAUCAAUCAAAUAUAAUCUCUUGAACAUCCUAGCUGCUUAUUCUUACAUGCAGCGAUAUUUCUUGGGUGACUACAAAUCUUUUCCGGACGAGUGUUGUGGUUGUCUCGUCAGUUUAAGUGGCAGUUUGAAGCGGAAUAACGAUUUGAGGAACGUAGAAAUGGCAAUUAAAACUGUUUUUAUGGAGGGACUAAGCAAUCAAUUCGAAGUUGAUACAAAAAUGGAAGCGCAAAUGGUGAAAGACGUUAAAACCAUAGUGAAGAAAAAGGAUUUUAUACUGGCUUGUCUGUCGGAUAUGCUUCAUUUAUUCAAAAAUUUAGGAAAAAUAAGUAAAAAAACACAAGGAAAGUUCACAAAAGAAUUUCAAGACAACUUUGUUCCGAAUUCUUUGGAUAAACAAACACAAACAGCGAUAAAAAGACGACUGGAAUACUUUUUAUCGUACACAAUGAGUCAUUUUGAAACCGAACUUUUUAAUAUUAUACCAAUAAAAUUGGAAUAAAUUAAUUUUUUUAUU